UCUCCUUCAACACCAGUACAAAAACUACAUCUACAAAAUGACCACCUACUUCAACUACCCAUCCAAGGAAUUACAGGAGGAGCUUAGCCGCAUUGCGCGCGCUAUUGUCGCUCCCGGCAAGGGUAUUCUCGCUGCCGAUGAGUCUGUCUCCACCAUGGGCAAGCGUCUGCAAGAUAUUGGUGUUGAAAAUACCGAUGAACAUCGUCGUCAAUAUCGGCAGCUGUUGUUCUCCACUGACCCCAAGGUCGCUGAGAAUAUCUCCGGUGUGAUUUUGUUCCACGAAACUUUGUACCAGAAGGCCGAUGAUGGUACACCAUUCGUUGAAUUGUUGAAGAAGCGUGGCAUCAUUCCCGGCAUUAAGGUCGACAAGGGUGUUGUGCCAUUGUUCGGCUCCGAAGACGAAUGCACCACUCAGGGUUUGGAUGACUUGGCUGCCCGUUGCGCUCAAUACAAGAAAGACGGUUGCGAUUUCGCCAAGUGGCGUUGCGUCUUGAAGAUUGGCAAGAACACACCUUCCUAUCAGUCUAUCUUGGAGAAUGCCAACGUUUUGGCCCGUUACGCUUCCAUCUGCCAAUCGCAACGUAUUGUACCAAUUGUUGAACCCGAAGUGUUGCCCGAUGGUGAUCAUGACUUGGAGCGUGCACAAAAAGUUACCGAAACCGUAUUGGCUGCUGUCUACAAGGCUUUGAACGAUCAUCAUGUCUACUUGGAGGGUACUCUGUUGAAGCCCAACAUGGUGACAGCUGGUCAAUCGUCCGCUAAGAAAUACACACCCGAUCAAGUUGCGCUCGCCACCGUCGAAGCUCUGCGCCGCACUGUACCAGCUGCUGUUCCCGGCAUUACCUUCUUGUCUGGUGGUCAAUCUGAGGAAGAGGCUUCCGUACACUUGAACGCCAUCAACAAAGUACCAUUGCUGAAACCAUGGGCUCUCACCUUCUCGUACGGUCGUGCUCUACAAGCUUCCGUAUUGCGAGCAUGGGGUGGCAAGAAGGACAACAUUACCGCUGGCCAAAAUGAAUUGUUGAAACGUGCAAAGGCAAAUGGACUCGCAUGUCAAGGAAUCUACGUAGCCGGUUCAAUACCUUCGUUUGCGGCCAAUACCAGCUUGUUUGCUAACGGUGAAUCUGCUGUGGGCAAAUAUGUUGCCGGUAGUGUGGUCGGUGCUGGUGCUGAUGCUGCACUCUUCGUUGCCAAUCACGCCUACUAAAUGCAAAACAACAACAACAACCAUAACAACAACACUAGUAAGCACAAAGUAGGAGCAAUGGUGCUAAAACCAUGACGAGGUGUACUACAUUAUUAGAAAGGAGAUACAGGCUUAACUAUAUACCUAUAGUAGUGAGAGAUGGAUUAUUGUUUGCAAUUUAUUUAUUAAGAAUAAAAAGUGUCGUAGCAAGAGUAACAACAAGCAAAAGAAAGAACAAAGGAAAAAUAUUAAGUCAUCAAAACAGCAACAACAAAGUGAAUAGGCUACUAGAAAUUAGUAGAAGAAAUAAAACCAAAGCCAAGGAAACCAAGAGAAUAAAGAGGGUUGUGCUGAAACAACAAACACAACAAAAACCGUCAAGAACAUCACACAACUAUAAUUAGUAACUACAACAAAAAAAAAAAAUAAUAACCUCGCUGCCUCUACCUCCCACCAGUUGCUUGCGAAUUUAGCAAAAAAAAAGUGCAAAUCUUGAAACGCAACAUCAACCCAUGUACCACAAUAAUAAAACAAAUUAACAUCCAAAAUUGUUUACUAAGUUUUAAUGCUUUUCAAGGAGAGGCUAAUUAAAAGAAGACAAAACGAGGUGGAACAACUCUCAACAUUAUCAUCACUCUGUUCAUCAUGGCUGCGGCGGAUGCGCACCAACAACUAAGCGACAAAAGAUGCAGAACAAUUUACAACAACAAGCAAACUAUUUGCUGUUACAAUAAAAGAAGAAAUUUAUUAUCAUUAUGUAUAUUUUUAAGUAAAAAAAAAAAAAAGUGAGAAAAAGUAAUCAAGUUGAGAGUUAAUACAAAUUUAGAAAAUAAAAAAUAUUUAAAAAACGUUAAACAUUGCAUGUGCUGUUCUUUAAAAGAAAAGCAAACAAAAUAUCAAUUAUUACCAAAAAUGUUGUUUAGUAGUUAUGUAGACAAAAAAUUAUUGUUACAAUACGUUUUUCUUCAAUUUUCAUCAACUUAAAUAUUUUAGACGAAAGAUAUACAAAAGGGGCUUUAAAUGUUUUUUUGUUUUAAAUUUCGAAUACAUACUAGUUUAAGCGCGUUUCUUGCUUCGCACAAAAAUUAUGCUUUGUGCAAAAUAAUUAAAACUGACGACUAUGACUUUA